AGCCCCCUCCUCUGCCUGCACCGACGAGUGCCUGUGUUGCUGCGAAGGAGAUCCAGGCCCGUUGGGAGAGCAUCCGCGACUCCUACACCGAGGACUGCCGGAAGGUCAAGAGCGAGAUUGCGUCCGGCGCAACGCCCUCCCGCCGGUACAUCUUCUUCGAGCAGCUCUCCUUCCUCAGCAAUGUUGUCGGGAGCAGGACGGCUGCCGGCGGCCUCCCUUACCCCCAGAGCACGGACGCGACGGAGGGCACGCCGCAGAAGGCCGUGAACGGAGACUCGAUUUCCGAGCCGAGCGGGAAAAGGAGGCGCUGGCACUCGGAUCGCCAUCAGUGCCAGCAGCAGCAGCCGGGCGACGACAGGGACUUCUUCAUGUCAUUGCUGCCGGCCGUCAGGACCUCCUUCAGAGUGCAUAUUUUGCUGACGCUCCAGAGAAUCAAGGCGGGGCAAAGCAAUCACGGUGCAGGCAUUUCUACACCGGAUUGUUAUAAUAAAAUCCCAAACUCAUUCGUAGUUUCCAACCGCCUCUCCAAGCACAAAUACACCUUUGGAUGUCAUUUUAGCAUUGUACAUUUGUCGUUCCGAUACCGGUUUUCAUUCAUUAAUGAUCUGCCAUCCAGAUUAAACAUACUCCUUACCAUCUAAUGCGCAUCACAUUUACAUGCUCAUCAGUGCUGACUUGAGGUGCCAAUCAUUUUGUUUACCAGUACUUUAGAUAUUUACAGUAUUGAGAUAUUGUCCCAACAUGAUA